AACUAACGUUACACAGUGCGGUGUGCAUGCGGUAGGGGAACUGGGAAGAUCUAUUUCAUUCAUCAAUUUCUCUUCCACGAUCUUGUAUAGUGUAUUUUCUUGUUAUCAGUCAAGGAGGACCCUUGAAAUGUUAUCGUUCGAGGCAUUUAUGUUAUGAUGUCGUUUGAUCAAGCCAUCAAUAAUUCAUCGUGAAGUUUUUUCAUCAUCUUUAGAUACCCUGAAGAACUUUUCUGCGGCUUUUCUGUUGUAAUUCUGUCAACAAGUUUGAGGAGGAUACCUGAAAAUGGAUCGCCUGGGACUCAUCAUUCUCACAAUUUUAACUCUUAUUUCCACGAGACUGAAUAUUGGCAAAGCAAAUACUUUGACAACAUGUACUAAUGUAUACUCGGAACUCAGUAAAUUUCAGUUUAGAUAUUACACGGAAAUACCUCAAAAUCCUGUAAAUGCUCAAGAUUUAAAAGUCUGCAGGACUGGGAUGUCGUGUUGUACAGCCUCACUGGAGAGGGAGCUCAUCAACCAAGCUAAGAUUGACUUCCACACCACCCUCCAGACCUCCACCAUGUUCCUCAAAUACACCCUCUCAUCCAGUGCAGUAGAUUUCAGAACUGAAUUUGAAGAUCUCUUGCAUUACGGAAAAGAGAGGAUUCAGCAACAUUUUAGGACAUUGUAUACAACUAUUGCAAUCCACAUGAACAGUCCCAUAGAGGAUUUAUUUGGUUCCUUGUUGGACUACCUACACGGUAUGGACAUCAACAUUGAGCACACUGUAUCAAGGUUCUUUGAUACGCUCUUCCCUCACAUCUACACAAGCCAUAUAAACAGCAAAGUGACGCGACUGGACUCGCGAUACCGCGACUGCCUAUCGAACCAGGCUUCGGUGAUCAUGCCGUUCGGUUUUGCGCACAGGGACCUCGCCAGGAUGCUGGAGAAGUCCUUGAAGGUCGCGAGGAUGUUCCUUGGGACGGUCAACCUCGGCCUGGAGGUCCUCAACUCGACGGAAAACAUGGACCUGACGCGACGCUGCACCCGCUCCUUGAUGCAGAUGCGGUACUGCGGACAGUGCCAGUCGUUGGUCGGCGUCCCCGCCUGCCAAGGGUUCUGCUUCAAUGUCGUGAAGGGGUGCUUGGCGAACUUCAUGGACCUGGAUCUGUAUUGGAGGGAGUAUGUUGCGGUGGUUGUUGACUUGGUUCGUGUCAGUAUGACUGCGGAAUACGAUCUUCAUUCGGCCAUGUAUUCUCUGGAUCAGAAGGUGAUGGCAGCCAUUAACAGGGCUAUUGAGGACAAAGAUUCCAUCAUGCAAGCUGCCAUGAUCACAUGCGGGCCUCCACCCCUCUCGAGACCCUCACCCUACAACGACUUUGCCAUGAACAACCCAGCCGGCAACAUCCCCAUCGCCCCCAACCCUGCCAUCCCCUUGGACGAGCUCUUGCUGGAGUUUGUAGGUAGCCUGGACAGUUCCAAGAGUGUCUUCAGGGACCUCCCUGUGCUGAUGUGCUCCCAGGGGAACAUGGCUUCCGACAGCAAUCGGGACUGCUGGACCGGGGAGACGCAAGGAACUUACCGUAAGAUUGUUGUGGAGGAUGGCCUGGCAGCACAGCUACACAACCCCGAAGUAAAGUUAACAUCAAGGGAAAGAGAGCUUCUAAAUGCCCUGCAGUUAAUGGACAAGCUGGAACACAAAACAGAGAUGAUUGAACGUUUCUUGAAGAGUAUGAUGGAAGAUUCUAACAUGCUGCCGAUGCCUGGAAGCGGUGAUUACUAUAGUGGGAGUGGUGAUGGUGAAUUUUCGGGGAGUGGGGAUCUAUCCGGUAGCGGGUCAGGUGAUGGCGAAGAUAGCACGACACAGUUCUCAUUCACAACAGUUACUCCUAAGGAAACAGAUUUCAGUUUCGAACCCACGACAAGAGGCUCUGGUGAAACGAGAACAAAAGACCCUCACAGUAUUCCAUACAGACCUGUGACAGACCCGAAUGUCAGGCAAACAAGUAAACCGAGAGGAGCCGCAACGUCCCUUCAUUCAGCCACGAUGUUCUUGACAUCAAUAAUGCUCUCGCUUAUCGUCUUCCUGCACUGGUGACAUUCUGCUUAACUCGGCGUUGACUUGUUUUACGCUGUAUUGCAUCCAUGUGUGAAAGGACACUAUCAUUAUACCAGUACUCAUUUACACAUCAAGCUGGUGUGAAUGAGAUAAAAAUUAUAGUAUUAUAUUAAUACAUGCGGAGUGAUGCAGCUUGGAUCUUAUGAGCGUAGCGUUGGAUUUGGGAUAUACAUCACUGGUCUUUUUCAUCAGGAAGUUAUAUUUAGUACUUCAAGGGUCAUUUUAUGGUUAAAAUUAUAUGAAGACUACCGUAUUUCUCUUCACGUUUUUAAAAAAAGUUUCCCCAUGCAAGCAUAAACACCUUGUAAAACUUCUAAAUGACAGUACAAUAAUCUUUCUUAGAAUUUAAUGGAAGUCAUGCACUUGCAUUGUUUUUUUUUCCUAUUUAAGGAAAAAUCAGAUUUCCCCUUUGUUGUAUUUAUUCAUGGGAUUUUGAAAUUACAUUUUAAAAUUUGAUUGAACUAUCUGGUAUUGACCAGGGUUAUCAAUUUUACACUCUUUAUGCAUAUUUUCUCAUGUGAAUUGGAUGCCUCUAUUCUGAAAAGUAAUUUCUCAUUUUUUCACAUUUUUUCGCAUUAUAUGCAUAUUUACAUCUAUUCGGUCGAUGUAGCAUUCUGCAUAAUUUUAUUUGUGGAUGAUAUAUUCGUUUCAAAUUUACAUCCCCACUGGAAAUUGAAGUCAGAGGCUAAGGAUUUUAAACAUUUGAAUUUAAAUGUUAUUCUGGUGUGUCCAACAUUUGCCAAACUUAGAUAAGUUUUCAUGUAUCAAGAAUAUUUGAUAUAUAUCUUUUCUUUUUAUUUCUCUUUUUUUAUCAGGACUAAUAAAAUUAUCUCAAUUUUUGUCGACGAGUAGACCAAAAUUGUGUUUGUAAGUUAAGCAAUGAUGAAUAUUUGCUUGCUCUCUCUCCAAUGUUUCUUUAUUUUUCAUUAUGUUUUGGGUGAUUUUACAGAUCUUUCUGUCAUAUAGAGAGGGCACAAUGUACACAAAUUAUUGCGGUGUAGUGGUUGAAGCUCUUUGCUGCCAGUUGAUAUAAUAGGUCAUGGAUUCAACACUCACUUUGUGCUUUGUCAGUGAACAGGAUAUGUUUUUAUUGAUAGUCGCCUUCUAAAUUCAUUUUAUUCCUAUUCAUUUAUAAGGUUAAUACAUAAUAAUGAAUGAACUAGGAUAUCUUGAGAGGAAAAAAAUGGAUAUAUGAGACAGCAAUAGGUCAAGGCCACUUGGUGAUGAUCUUCAUUCUUUCAAUUUUCCUUAUGAAACAAAAUAAGAAUAAUCACAUAAAA